UUCACAAAUUGUCAAUCCCACCACCGGCUUAGCACGAGUCUGCUUUGGCUCAAUACCCAAUGAUUGGAACUAGUUUCUAACUGAUCGGCCGCUGUCACCGUUUCCGCAUUAGGUAUGGCGCAAAGUACAACAAGUUCUCACUCACUUGCGAAUGCUGUAAAAAUGAUUCUAAAGCACUUUUUGGGUAUGCAAAUAACACGUAAUUCGAAAUCAUCGCUGCAUAGGGGUUGUUUAGUAAUAGAUAUUGAAUUACGUGCUAACAAAAAGCGUGAUUUAUACGCUGUUCAAAUGACGCACUGUGGCUGCUGGACUAAUAAAGGAGUCCAAAAUUUAUUCGAAGAAUUGUGUCUCCUAGUUAAAAAUGGAUUGCUGCCCGAUAAAGCGGUGCUGGCUCACGCGUUUACGAGAAAUUCCGGAAAUACGGAAGAAACUAGUUAUAUCAUAGAAGGAGGGCCGAUUUUUGGUCAAAAAAAGACUUUGUUGGACAAUCCAAUAAUCCAUUUUCCGUCAUUUCGAAACUACGUCUUGAUCAAGUUACAGUACAGAAUCUCGUCCGAUUAUCUAUUAGAAUUCAAGGAAAUACUGAUCUGCGAAUUCAACACAUUAAGAGAGUCCAAUCCCGAUGUAAAAAUCACGUUUUACUAUGACAAGGACGUUUUCUACACGAAUCACGUUCAAUCUGACGACGACUUUCAAGACUGUCAAUCACUGAGCAUUUCAUUAAUAUCUAUCGUGAAACAAAGUAUGAAUAACAAAUUUAAAGAACGUUGCUUAAAUACUGUCGGCGUCGACAAUGCACAUGAAGCGCAGAAGAUUCUUGGAAGAACACUCUUCUCUAUGACACACGAGAACUAUACGAUUCCGUGAUGUAACAUGAUACAUUAAAAGACGAAUAAUAUUUUUUUUAAUACCCAAUAACGCAAUAAUUAUCUUACAAUAAGAAUAUAUCAUGCGAUUAUAUCCAUUAAAAACUCUGACAGAUAAUCGUGUACGUCCAA